GCCGCUUUGCAACAAAAUUCUCCAAACGAAACGAAAAAAUGAGCAACGCUGCCGAAACACGCAAUUGGCUGGAACUGCCGCCGGACGUGACGGCGUAUAUUCUUUCUCGGCUAGGUGCGAUAGAGAUCCUCAACAGCGUCCAAAACGUGUGCUCUCACUGGCGAAAAAUCUGCAAAGACCCAUCAAUGUGGAGAUCCAUUGAUAUGCGGAACUCGGGUGAUCUACAUAACAUGGACUAUGACCUCGAGAAGAUGUGCGUCCACGCCGUCAAUCGCAGCUGCGGCCACUUGCUUGAUAUCAAUAUCGAAUAUUUUGGUACCGAUGAACUUCUAUUCUAUAUCUCUGAGCGGUCCACCCAUGUCAAGCAUCUUCGACUAUUUUCAUGCUAUGACAUUUCAGAUGAAGGAUUAAGCGAAGCAGCUUUAAAGCUUCCAUGUCUGGAAAAGCUUGAAAUCUUCAUAUGUCCUGUUUCGAAGCAUGCUCUGGAAACUAUUGGUCGCAGUUGUCCUCUCUUGAAAUCGUUCAAACUCAAUCUUCGGCAAUGCAAAAGCUUUCACUAUGUCUCGGAUGAUGAGGCACUAGCUAUUGCACAAACUAUGCCUGAAUUACGCCACCUUGAACUUUUGGGGAACGGGUUGACAAAUGAAGGCUUGCUGGCCAUUCUUGAUGGUUGUCCUCACCUUGAAUAUCUCGACUUGCGGCAAUGUUUUAAUGUUUGUCUGGAGGGAAACCUGGAGAAAAGAUGUGUUGAACGCAUAACAACCUUGCGGCGCCCGAAUGAUUCAACCCAUGGUUAUGAGUUCGAUGCAGGGAUUCAUGAUAUCGAGUCAUCAGAUGAAGACACCACAAAACAAAUUAUUUUUAAGGGCAUUUAAAUUCUGAUGUUUACCAAAACCACUUCAAAUAGAUAUAAUACAAUUUGACUUGCCCAAAUAAGACCCCCAGUUUUAACAAGCCUU